AUGCCUGAAGUAAAUAAAGAAGAGCAGCAAUAUCUGGACAUUUGCCGAAACAUCAUCGACAAUGGAAAUCAAAAAGGCGAUCGGACUGGAACCGGUACUCGUUCCAUCUUCGGCGGUCAGAUGCGAUUUUCCCUUGCGGACAAUGCUUUUCCUCUUUUGACGACAAAAAAGACAUUUCUCCGGGGAAUUACUGAAGAGCUUCUUUGGUUUAUCCGUGGUUCUACCAAUGCUAAAGAACUUCACGAUAAAAAAGUUCGAAUCUGGGAUGCAAACGCCUCGCGUGCAUUUUUGGACAGCCGAGGCCUUCACAACCGAGAAGAAUGGGACUUAGGACCUGUUUACGGCUUCCAGUGGCGACAUUUUGGCGCAAAAUACAGCACGAUGCACGAUGAUUACACUGGAAAAGGCGUUGACCAACUCAAGAAAGUCAUCGAAACGAUCAAAAACAACCCAAAUGAUCGACGAAUGUUGAUGGUCGCAUGGAAUCCAGUCGACUUAGAUGAAAUGGCGCUUCCUCCAUGCCACUGUCUCUGCCAAUUUUACGUUGCAGAAGGGAAGCUCUCCUGUCAACUUUAUCAGAGAAGCUGCGACAUGGGACUCGGCGUACCUUUCAAUAUCGCUAGCUACGCAUUGAUGACGAUUAUGAUUGCCCACGUGACCAACCUAGAGCCCGGCGACUUCGUCCACACUCUUGGAGACGCGCACGUCUACAACAACCACAUUGAGCAACUCGAGGAGCAGAUUGCCCGAGUUCCACGAAAAUUUCCGAAAAUGAGGAUCACCCGACAAGUGCCAGACAUCGAAAGCUUCACAAUGGAAGACUUCGAGCUCUCCGAAUACGAUCCUUACCCAGCAAUCAAAAUGCCCAUGGCUGUUUAG